GUGGGUCGGCAGAAAAUAAGAAACUAACAGCGAAAUUUUGUUCGAGUCCCGCCUUUUACUGCCAGAAAUUUUUGGAGCGGUUAUUUCACAUGAUCGGCCAUUUGUUUCAGUGGAUUUUACAGUGGGAUCAUUGCAGGGUUAAUACGCAUCAAUUGAAGUCAUUCGAGUUAGCAUACCGUGACCGAUAGCUUGAUAACCUCACUCCUCCACCGCAGUCAUGUUCGCCGUCCCAGGUUGGUCGGUUUCGAGCUCUGCUCUGCAGGCGCAGACUGGGCCAAGAUCACAAUCUCAAGCCCAGUCCCAACAGGCCAACGGAACCCCCAAGCCGAAGGACAAGAAUAACAAGCGCAAACGCGAUGAUCAUGUUACUAAGGCAAAUGUUGAUGAGAUGUACCGCCGGCAUAUUGAGGGUCAGACAGGCACUCCAAAACCUUCCAAGCCGGGACCGAAUAACUCUAUGAAGGCUGAGAAGAAACAGAAGAAGGAACGGAAUGUGCAAGACAAGGCCGGCCAAAGCCCAUCAGUGCCUCAAGGAAAAGAUGAAUCCAAGCUGGACAAGCAAACCAAGUCUGAUGCCGGUGAAGCCAAGAACAAGAAGAAGAAGAACAAGAACAAGCAGCAACAGCAAGAAACCCAGAAUCAGACUGAAGUGACUUCUAAAGAAACCCCAGCAGCAACAGCUGGGUCUAUCACUCCCGCCCCGCCUAAGACUCAGGCGAUCCUUACGCCUCUUCAGCAAGCCAUGCGUCAGAAGUUGAUCUCCUCUCGUUUCCGUCACUUGAACGAAACUCUUUAUACAACGCCGUCUAGCAAGGCCCUUGAGCUGUUCACUGCCAGUCCGGAACUGUUCGAUGAAUACCACGCCGGCUUCUCUCGCCAGGUGAAAGAAUCUUGGCCUUCGAAUCCCGUUGAUGGUUAUAUUCAAUCCAUCCGGUCCAGAGCAAAGGUGCCGGCUGCCCCCAGGAAAGGAGACAAAUCUGGCAGCAAAAAUCGUGACCCACUACCUCGGCGACCCAAUGGAACAUGCACCAUCGCCGACCUUGGCUGUGGUGACGCUCAGCUUGCCCGUGCACUUAUCCCUGCGGCGCAAAAGCUGAAAUUGAACUUUCACAGCUAUGACUUGCAUGCCCCUGAAGGUUCCCCUAUUACCAAAGCGGACAUUUCGAACCUCCCAGUUAAUGAUGGCAGCGUUGAUGUGGCCAUUUUCUGUCUAAGUCUGAUGGGCACCAACUGGGUAUCAUUCGUGGAAGAAGCAUGGCGUGUACUGCGUAGUGAUGGCAAGGGAGAAUGCUGGGUGAGCGAGGUUAAGAGUCGUUUCGGCAAAGUGAUGCGCAAGAAAGCACAGAUUGGAGCUAGGAAGCCCCUCAGCAAGUCGGAGAAGAAAAAGCUCAAGAAACGCGGAGAAGACGAUGCUGAUUCUGACGCCGAUGAUGCAGAGGUCUACGCUGAAGAUGCCCGUCCUGCCGAUAACGACGAGACAGAUAUAUCAUCGUUCGUUGAAGUGUUUCGUACGAGAGGCUUCAUCCUCAAACCUGAGUCGGUGGACAAGUCCAACAAGAUGUUCGUGAAGAUGGUGUUUGUCAAACAAGGCCCUGCACCGUCAAAGGGCAAGCAUGCAUCUGCGACCGGUACAAAAGCUGGACCAGGCAAGAAGAGGUUCAUUGAAAAACCAGCCGAUGCCGGUAACAAUAUGUCCCCCGAGGAAGAGGCUGCCGUUCUUAAGCCCUGUGUCUAUAAGAUUAGGUAGAGGGGAAAGAGUCUAGGUGUGCAGCGACUUGUAUAUAAAAAUCAUACCUUUGUUGUAUUUGAUAUCAGCGAAGUCCUAUCAGG